AUGCGUGAACUUCAUGGUGAUCUUGUUCUUGAAGAAAGCGGAUUUUUCAAGAAGGUGGCCCAGAAGAACUCCAAACUUAACAAGAAAGUCGCCGAAAACUACUAUAGCAAUUGGUCGCAGAAGAAGGAGGCCGAAUUGGCGGAUAACCAGACCUUUGUUGAUGGUCGACGGGAGCAGGCCCAAAACAUGACAAAUGCCUUUUAUGAUCUUGUCACAGAUUUCUAUGAAUAUGGUUGGGGCCAAUCGUUCCAUUUUGCAAAGUUAUAUAAAGGAGACUCAUUUGAGGAGAACAUAAAGCGACACGAAGCAUUUCUUGCUUUGAAGCUUGGUUUGAAGAAGGGCGAACGGGUUUUGGACGUUGGUUGCGGCGUAGGUGGUCCUUUGCGUGAGAUUGUGAAGUCAUCCGGCUAUGCACAUGUUACAGGGAUCAACAACAACGCAUAUCAAAUCGAACGCUGCUUUGCGUAUGCCGCCAAGUACGGCUUGAGCGACUACACGGAUUUUAUCAAGGGCGACUUUACAGAGAUGCCCCUGGGAAACGAAACAUUUGAUGCCGUGUUUUCGGUUGAGGCAACGGUCCAUGCUCCACGCCUCGAAAUGGUUUAUAGUGAAAUCUACCGAGUGCUGAAGCCAGGAGGACGAUUUGCAUGCUACGAAUGGUGCACGACGGGCAAGUACGAUCCAAACGACGUUUCACAUCGUCGUGUGAUUCACGGUAUCGAGGAGGGUAACUCUAUUUCUAAGCUAUACUCUACGGAGGAGUGUUUAGCGGCUGCAAAAUCAGUGGGCUUCAAGGUUAUCGAGGAAGGCGAUGUUGCGCCGGUCGAUGUUGCCACUGUACCGUGGUACUACACACUCAAGAAACCCGAGGGCCUUCGUGGGAUGCUUCGAUCUCCCUGGGGUCGAUUCUACACAAACAGCCUGUUAACAUUUUUGAACAAGUUCAGCGUGGUGCCGCCGGGUGUCUUGGAAACGUCACAACUCUUAAACAGUGCGGCAGAAAUGCUCGUUGCUGGCGGCGAGAUGGGUAUUUUCACGCCAAUGUACCUCUUUGUCGUCGAAAAGCCUUUGAACUAA